CCCCCCCCGCCUUUCUGCGUCCCUCCAGACUCCAGACUCCAGAACCACUGUGUCGUCCUGCUGUUGUUGCUGCUGCUGGAUGUGAGCCCGACUCACCGCACCACAUUUUGUCCAUUUCUCCGUCGGUGGAAAAAGAAGAAGAAGAAAGACGAGAGGGAGGAGAAGGAAGCCUGCGAGCAAGUGCUCACCUUCGGUUCGUCGUUCGAGGCAAGCCAGGUCUGAGGGGAAACCGGCGUCCGCCGCCCUCGGUGUUUGCCGUCUUUCGUCGCCGUCAUGCAGACCGCCGUCCUUCUCCUCUCCCCGCUCGUCCUCUCCUCCCUCCUCGUUCCCGGCGUGUCCUCUCAAAGCGAGGCGGACCUCACCGUCGCCACCCGCGCCGGCAAAAUCCGGGGCGUCCACACGCAGGUGCUGGAGCGGGGCCACGUGACCGCCUUCCUGGGGGUCCCCUUCGCCGAGCCGCCCACGGGGAAGCGCCGUUUCCGCCCGGCCGAGCCCAAACGCCCGUGGUCGGACGUGUACGAAGCUCGUCACUACCCCAACGCUUGCUACCAGUUUGUGGACAACACCUUCCCGGGCUUCCCGGGCAGCGAGAUGUGGAACCCCAACCGGGAAAUGAGCGAGGACUGCCUCUACCUCAACGUGUGGGUGCCGCCGUCGCCCCGACCGCACAAUCUCACCGUCAUGGUGUGGAUCUACGGCGGAGGAUUUUACAGCGGUUCUUCAUCCCUGGACGUGUACGACGGCCGGUACCUCGCUUACACGGAGACGGUCAUCGUGGUCUCCAUGAACUACCGCCUCGGCGCCUUCGGUUUCCUGGCCCUGGACGGCUCGUCGGAGGCUCCCGGCAACGUGGGUCUGCUGGACCAGAGGAUGGCGUUGCAGUGGGUCCAGGACAACAUUCACUUCUUUGGCGGAAACCCCAAACAGGUGACCAUAUUCGGGGAGAGCGCCGGCGGCGCCUCAGUGGGAUUCCACCUCCUGUCUCCGGGCAGCCGGUCGGUCUUCACCAGGGCCAUCCUCCAGAGCGGGGUCCCCAACACCCCCUGGGCCACCGUCAGCCCGGCCGAGGCCCGCAGACGGGCCACGCAGCUGGGCAGACUGGUGGGCUGCAACGGCGGGAAUGACACCGAGCUGGUCGACUGCCUCCGUGAUAAAACCCCGCAGGAGCUUAUCGACCAGGAGUUUCAGGUCCUGCCCUGGAUGUCCAUCUUUCGCUUUUCGUUCGUCCCCGUGGUGGACGGCGACUUUGUACCCGACACGCCGGAGGCCAUGCUCAACUCUGGCAACUUUAAGGACACGCAGGUCCUGCUCGGGGUGAACCAGGACGAGGGCACCUACUUCCUGCUGUACGGCGCUCCCGGGUUCAGCAAGGACAACGACAGCCUCAUCUCCAGGGGCGACUUCCUGGAAGGCGCCAAGCUGAGCGUGCCCCACGCCAACGACAUCGGCCUGGAGGCGGUGGUGCUGCAGUACACCGACUGGAUGGACGAGAACAACGGCGCCAAGAACCGCGACGCCUUGGAUGACAUCGUGGGCGACCACAACGUCAUCUGCCCGCUGGCUUUCUUUGCCCGCGCCUUCGCCCAGCACAACGCGCUCAAGCCCAACGCAGGGGUCUUUCUCUACCUGUUUGACCACCGAGCGUCCAACCUGCCCUGGCCCGAGUGGAUGGGCGUGAUCCACGGCUACGAGAUCGAGUUCGUCUUCGGCCUUCCCCUGGAGAAGAGAUUCAACUACACCCAGGACGAGGAGAAGCUGAGUCGGCGUACCAUGAGAUACUGGGCCAACUUUGCCCGAUCCGGCAAUCCCAACGUGAACGUGGACGGCUCGGCGGAGAACAGGAAGCGCUGGCCUCAGUUCACCGUCGCCGAGCAGAAGUACGUGGCGCUCAACACGGAGCCCGUCAAGGUCCACAGGGGAUUGAGGAACCAGAUGUGCGCUUUCUGGAACCACUUCCUGCCACGACUCCUCAACAUCACCGACAACAUAGAUGAGGCCGAGCGCCAGUGGAAGGUGGAGUUCCACCGCUGGUCCUCCUACAUGAUGCACUGGAAGAGCCAGUUUGACCAUUACAGCAAGCAGGAGCGCUGCACCGACCUCUGAGGGCCCCCGAGAGAGGUGGGGGUUGGGGGUGGGGGGGGGGUCAGUUGGCAGGUUAGAGUCCAGACAAGAGCAGGCUAGCUUAUUUCCUCCAUAGCCGCUAUUAACUUUAGCGAACAAAAAAAAUGCAAAAAAGUCACACAAAAAAAAAAAACCGCUGAAACAUUGUACAUCCCUAUUUAUUAUUUUUUGAAUGAUUCAAAUUAUUUAUUGACUAUUUUUAAAUAUAUAUAAAUAUAUAUAUAUGUGUGUGUGUGUGUGUGUGUGUGUUUUGCGUCUGAGGGACGUGAAUGACUCUGGAGGGAACUUGGGCGUAUCUCGUCAUCUCGGUUAUUAUUUUUGUUUUUCAACACAUCAGGGUUUGAUUAUUUUGGUGUAUCUUGUUUUGUUUUUAGCUGUGUUGCGAAUCGCUCCCGAGCCACCAUAUAAUGAGUCGGCCAUUUUGUAAUGCGUAGCGAGUGCGGGUUCCCGCUUAUCUCCGCGCCCUCAACGUAUCCUCCGUCAGUUACCAUUUUUACGUCAGCCCAAAGACAUUUUCUUGCUCUGUCGCCUUCUGCGGGCCUGCGAACUAUGUCGGAGUGAGGGGGAGGAGCUCCGUGUACUGAGUUCCCGGCCUCUUUUGUGCCAUCGACAGGCAAUUGCGUUCGGAAUCCUUCAUCAUUCCCAAGUCCCCAAUCACCACAAACACUUUUUUUUUUUUUGUGGCGGAACUAUCUAGAAGCACGACAGCAUAUAUAUAUAUAUAUAUAUAUAAAUAUAUAAAAACCCCUCAUGUAGUGAUUCGAGAGUACGUAACGAAAUCAGACUCAUUUUUUUUUUUUGUUUUUUCCCCAACGUGCGACCUUCCGUCCUCGGCCUUCACUUUCCGCCAUCUCGCUGGCUCUCUUUUUUCUCGUUAGCCUAAUGGAGGCUGAGUAAUUCACUCAGCGGCGGGGUAAUGCGACAGAGCGUUGGCUCAGCCCUCUGGCCUGCCAGCCAGUGGGGCACGGUUGAAUGGAUAGCGAGGGGGGGGGGGCGACGGAAGGAUGAAAAGACAGAACAGCCUCCUUGCGUAACACGCCGGAGAGGCUGUGACUGGAUGCUGUUUAGAGGUUGUUUUUUUUUUUUAAAAAAAAAAAAAACAGUUUGUGCAUCACAAUCUUAAUUCGAUUGUGCUGCUCCUUCUGUUAUCCCCACCUUGGCCACCGGAGGGAGCAGUGUAAUUCCUGCAGACCCCAUUAAGAUGCUGCAAUAUGAAUUUAUUUUUUUUUCCCCCACAGAGGAUAAAUAAUAUAUGCCUUUAUUCUUUUAUUAUAUGCCUUUUUUUUGUACCGUUUAUGCUCAAAAUAUCGUAAAAUGGAUGAAAGAUCUGUUAGCAUGUCAACAUAUUGUUUGUUAGCAUUUACAUCUAAUUGGACCCCAUGAAAACAAUUGAAACUGGUUUCAUUCAUCGACGCAAUGUAUAUUUUGUAAUGCUUUUCACCAGAUGACAUCAUUUUUCAGAGUUUUUUUUUUUUUGAAGAAAGGUAAUAGAUAUUUUAUAGUCAUGACAACACCUGUUGUUCGUUCGAAACUUGACGCAGUAAACAAAAAAAUGGAUCCUGAACUCAUUGCUUCGUCGGCGAUAACGUGAACAAUUCCGUCUUGCUGCAACCUCACAUUUGUUCUUGUUGCUUUUUUUUUUUUUUAUUUGAUUGGAAACAUGAAUCUGUGUCGGCAUGAUAAAAGUCCGGCUUUCAGGCGUACUCGGUCAGAAAUGGGAGUUGAUGUCCGAAUGCAUGCAUGAUGAUCCUCUCAUCUUUUUGCCCUCCAAUCCCAUCCUUAGUGCAUGUCCUCCUGUAUCACCCCCCCCCCCACACACCCCCUAAAAAUUCCCCCAGACUGUUAUUUUCCAAAAAUAAUCUGCUAGUACUAGAUCGCUCUGUAUGCCAGCUUCGAUGUGAGCAAUAACAAAUGGGUGAUAUAUUUGAUAUUGAACAAUGCACUGAAGGCCAGGGAGUGAUCCGACCGCGUUUUUAAAGCAAUAGAAUCGUUCAUAACCCAAGGGGGGAAAAAAAACAACAAAUAAAAAAAGUGUUCCCUCGACCUCAUGGUUCAGAUAGUUGACUUUUACGCCGUCCAUGUCGAAGGCUUCCGUCGCAUCCCGAUUUGUUCUCUGUGUAUCUUUGAAUGCUGACUUGUAGCAACCGAAAAACGAAAUAAAGAUAUGCUUG